GGAGCGGCCUCAGGCGCCAUGGCGGCCCGUGCUACAUGGCUGCUGUUGACCUUCCCAACCGUGCUCCUACUUUGCCUGCAGCUACGGAGCGCGGGCCUCAAUCCAGGAUGGAAGGACAUCUUCUUGUUCUUUGGCCGGGGUUUGCUGUUUCUCGCUAUCCUGACUUUAAUUAUUUCAGUGACUAGCCCAUGGCUGACAUCUCAAGCGCCAUCCAAAGUGUGUUUGACAGUAACAGAAGAAGAGAACAAAAGAAGGCAAAAACAAGUCAGAGAAGAGCAGCAAGAGGCUCUGUGUAACCAGAGCAGUGAAUACUUAAAGAAUGUCUUGAAACCUCGUCAGGAAAAGAAACUGAGACAGAAGGAAAAAUACUUCUUUCAGAUAAUGGGUGAAACCUGGAAGUCAACUGAUGGCUACAAGCUUGGGGAGCGUGAAGAACCACCGCUUGACAAUGAAAAUGGAGCAUCUGGGGACACCCCGAACAAGGAAGCCUCCAGGAGAAGGAAGCUGCCUGGGCAUGGGGGCUGUGUUUCAGCCUCUCCUGAGCAGCCCAGGGCAAAGAAGGUCCUUCUUUUACCUGAAGAACCCCCCGAAACAGCAGCCCAAGUGGUGGCAGUUGCUCUCCGCUGUCCUGAUGGGCAGGUGCUCCGGCGCAGGUUUUACAAGUGGUGCCGCUCCCAGGUACUGUUGGACUGGAUGACGAAAGCUGGCUAUCCCAGCUCCACCUACGCCCUCUCCACUUCCUUUCCCAGAAGACCUUUGGAAGUGGCAGAAGACCAGACCCUAGAAGACAGUGGCCUCGGUACAGAUACCGUGCUGAACGUGGAAGAGAAAGAGCCCUGCUCCUCCCCGGGAAGCAGGGCUGGUGAGAGUGGCAGCAGCCGUGCAAAAUGAGCCUAGGGUGCUGCCCACCCACCCACAAUAAAGAGAUCUGGCAAAGGGGGGCCCCCUAAAA